AUGUUGGCAAUUGCUGCGCCCAACUACUUACCCAAUCCACAAGUCGAAGCUAUUAGCUUGCCUCACCAUUUCAGUACUUUGUUAAAGAUUCCUUGGGUUCGGACCCACAUGUUCCACCAUGGCUGUGAAUUAUUUAAAUUGGAAACUUACCGGAAAAUGCAAUCAACGUUAAUGAAUGGCGGAGGGGGUCAAAUCAAGAAUACUAUUCAUGAUCUGAUUCCGUUCAUACGAAGGGAAUCACAAGAAAACAGCGUCACGGGUCAACAACUACAGCAAUUUUUAAACUUGAUGGCCCAGGAAAUACGAGUUGCAACGCUUUCGGCGGGGCAACCGAUGACUACCUUCAAUCAGAAGCUCCCCCUUUACCGUUGGAUCUUCAUUCUGAUUAGUUACAUAUCUUCAGUUGAUAUUGGUCUAGAUGUGCGAUUCUUUGUGGAUCGCCUUUUGCAAAUCUACAUUGAUGCUAAUAGCCAGCGAGUUAACUUAAUACCUCGCAUAAUAACGGAUCCCAUUGAGUUUGAAGUAUUGGAAAUGUUGCGAGACUAUAUUGAUUGUGUCAAAGUUAAUUAUGAGCAACUAUUUGGGACAACAAAACGAACAAUUGUGAUGACCCCGACUUUGAGGGAACCAAUAGACUUGCCAAGUUUGCCGCCAAUUCAUGAUAAAAAUCUCCUUAUCAGGGGUUUGAUGCACCGCGAAACCUAUCGUGCUUUGCUACGAAGUCACCAUCCUUUUGGAAAUCGGCUCCUUGAGUUAGGGUAUGGCUUGGACCCUCGUAAUUAUAAUGUCCUCAAAUUUGAGUUCUCUUUUUUCGACGGUAUGGGAGACUUUUUCCUAGCACAUGAAGCUCUGGUUCUUUUAUAUGAGUUGUAUGAUAAGAGCAGGUUAUCUGAAAUGAGAUGUCACCUAUACCACAUGCUUCGGUUGAUCUUGGGUACAAACACCUUAUUGGCUAAGCUCGCAUUUGCUUAUGGCCUUCACCAAGGAAUUUUAGAUGAUGAGCUCAAUGGAGUCAUUAGGAAGGAGUACAUUCCCACGUACGGCUCGAUGUCAUCGAAGCAGAAUGACGAUGAAAGAGUUUAUCAAGAGGAGUUUUUGGGUGAUUAUUUUGAGGCUUAUGUGGGGGCCCUUUUCUGGGAGCAACCAAAAGUUGCUGCCGAAUUUGUUCGAGCCAUUUAUCAUAAUGUAUUGGAAGCUAUUACGAAACAACUACCGCCAGACAUUUCUUAUUCUCAUUGGACGUGGAAUGUCAUAGGUCGUUCACUCGUCGACAAACGCACCUAUAAUUGA